AUGUGUAGUGUGCAUUAUAAUCACUCAUUUGUGAGCGGCAGUGAGAUGAUGGUGAACACUCUGACUCUGGAACAGAAGACAGUGUUUGCCUUCGUCCUGAUGCUGUUGGUUUUUCUUGCUCUGCUGAUUGUCCGCUGUUUCCGGAUCCUUCUGGACCCUUAUAGCAGCAUGCCAUCCUCGCACUGGGGAGAUGGACUGGAGGGGCUUGAGAAAGGGACGUUUGAGUAUGCCCUCACUUGAGGACAUUCCAUAA